CCAGCACCUAUAAUUACCGAUGUUGGAUUCCAUUUCCUUCAUAGCUUUCUCCUUAUCGUUCCCGAUUUCUAUGCCAGAAGUGGCCAACUCAAAGGUGGACCAUUUCCACGUCCUAUGCACAUGACAAAUGACCCCAGCAGCAGCAGCAUAUGCAACAAUAAAAAUUCUUUCCUGCUUACUGGAUAGGCAGAUGUGUAAGACUCUCACUUUCUACUGGGGGUAUUCAGUUCCUGCACAAGCAAUGCUGCCCCAACAGUUUUCCCCCUCAAGACAUCAGCUAUGGCGUAUACCUAGUGCGACAGCCGUUACAGCUAUUACCUCAACAAGCUCUCUGCUGUCGAUUGGAAACCAACUCGGAAAGACUUACCCCGUCAGAAUUGGCAAUAACGAAACAGAAUAUUAGCAGCAAAGAACCACACAACUAAAACACCUUCAACGAUACAUUAUAACCUCACUGCCUUACAGAAUCUAAAUAAGGUACCUGGCCCUCGAACGAACUUGUGGAAUUCGAAUGACGCAGGCAGAUGUAGAGAUGGCAGCUAUGCCUUCUGGGACUGAUCUUCCUUCCUCUGCUGCCUUCUUGCCCUCCGCCCGUAUAUAUAGGAUCCACCAUUCCGGACUACAUUUGCAAACUCAAAUUCUACAGCAUCUGCAUACUCAACUACCGCUAGCGCCAUGGAGACACCAGCAGCACCAGUGUUGAGGAUGGUUACCUGCAUUCUUCUUCUACUCGUGAGCAUUAGCACCCAUGUCAGCAUGGCUUCAGGGCACGAUACUCCGAAAGACAUGGAGACGAGGUAUCGCCAAUGGCUGAGCAAACAUCGCAGGAAGUACGGGAGCAAAGCUGAAUACAAUCACCGGUUUCAGAUCUACCAGUCUAACGUUCAUCUCAUCGACCACAUCAAUUCUCAGAAUCUGUCUUUCAAGCUGACUGACAACAGGUUUGCUGACCUCACCAACGACGAGUUCAAAUCGACCCACCUUGGUCUUCGGCGUCCUCUGGAUACCGCAGACCAGAAGGUGCACGCUGAGUACUCUUGUGGACGUUUGCCAGCUGAAGUUGAUUGGAGGAAGAAAGGUGCUGUUACGAAGGUCAAAGAUCAAGGACACUGUGGAAGCUGUUGGGCAUUCUCUGCUGUGGCAGCUGUGGAAGGCUUCCACAAAAUCCAAACAGGCAAACUGCUGACUCUUUCAGUGCAAGAGCUCAUUGACUGUGAUGUCGGUGGCGAAGACGAGGGCUGCCAUGGAGGGUACAUGGAUACAGCAUUCGAUUUCAUCGCGAAGGUUGGGGGGCUUACAACGGAGAAGAACUAUCCCUACAAGGGUAAAGAUGGCAGCUGUGACGAAAUGAAACUGAAAGAUCAUCCUGCAAAAAUAAGCGGCUACAGGAUGGUACCUGGUAACAAUGAGACAGCCCUCCAAGCAGCCGUUGCGGAACAACCCGUCUCUGUUGCAAUCGAUGCAAAUGGUAUUGAAUUUCAACUGUAUUCUGAAGGCAUUUUAACUGGAUCCUGUGGAUCUCAACUCAACCAUGGAGUCACGGCAGUUGGGUAUGGAGUGGAAAAGGGCACCAAGUACUGGAUUGUGAAGAACUCAUGGGGCGCUGCCUGGGGAGAAGACGGGUAUAUCAGAAUGGAACGUGAUGUUGAGGAGGAAAGUGGUCAGUGUGGCAUUGCCAUGGAUGCAUAUUUCCCUGUCUAGGGAGGAAGAAGAUGAUAUCUACAUCUAACAUCAAGCGAAGCAUCUAGCGAACAUGUAUACGCCUUCCAGAUAACAUCAUGAAGUAACCGAUUAAAAGGACACUACAAGUCCCAUGUAUUAUAAUAAGUCACUGGAAGUAGCGGAAGGGAAAUGUAUCAUCGAGGGUCAUUAAUAUGAGUAAAAAAAAAUAUUUCCUUUAGCUUCAAUUCGAAAACUUAGGCAGAAAAUUUCUGAUCUAGUUAACCCAGCUUAACAGACACUCAACGAUGAAGGUUCUCAACCAUCAAAUUCAUUGAACACUCCAGCAUGAACCU